GUUCUGCUAUAUGCUCAUAAGUUCUACAUGAAGAUCAAAAACUGUUGUUUCCAUGCCUUCAGUCCUUCACAUGUCAGUUACAUUUUGCUUGCUAGUUCUCACCAUAGUCUUCUCUAGUCCCUACAUAUUAUUGGCAUAGCACCCCAACUCGUUCUCGACGAUGCUUUUGAGCUACUAGUUUCUGAGCAACAUUUCCUUCAUUUGAUCUGGCAAAAAGAAUUAAUCUUGAUAUUGAGUGAAGGCACCAGAGGCCAGAAUGAUUGCUGAGGGAGGUUAUUUUGAUGGUUCCAGAGAUGCUAUCCUCAUGGCAGGAUCACUGAUUCACGAUUCCCUGGACUCUAUUUGUGACAAUACAGAGAUUGAGCAAGGAAACUUCCACGGUCCCUCCUUUUUCAUAGAAGAUAUAUGCAAUCCAACCAAUCUUACCUCUGAGUCUGCACGAACAAUCAACCAUAUACAACAUCGGGCUGAAUUUGACAUGGAUCAGGAUCUUCACGGCCACAUGAUACAAGAGACCCAGGUAGAAACUUCAAAUUGGGUUCCUGCAAUGUUCGGUACCCAAAAUCAUAUCAUCAGCCAACAGUCGAUUGAACAACAAAUGGAUGACUAUGAUGCUGCAUCAUAUCCAGAUGGUGCUCACACAGCUGCACCUGAUCUCCUAAAUCUUCUACAGAUCCCAAGGUACAGUAUGACUACUGCAUUCCCUUCGACAGAACAUAUCUUUGGUGAUCCAGGGCAGAAUGCUGGCAACCAAUUGGACAUCAACAAUGAUGUUCUGGGAAGAGCAAUUCAUGACAGUGGGAUGAUGCUCGGUGAUUCAACUCUACCAUUACAAUAUAAUGACAAUCAAUCUCACCUAUUCAAGGAUCUCUAUCAUUCACUUCCGCAAAGUUUUGGGCUGUUCUCCAGUGAUGAUGAGAGAGAUCGGGCGAUGGGGGUAGUAGGAGCUGCAGGAAAUAUUCUCCAAGAGAUAGACGGGAGGCAGUUUGGUAGCCCAAAACUGGGAAGAAGUAAGAAAGGUGGCUUUGGCAAGGCAAAAGCUAACUUUGCAACUGAAAAAGAGAGGAGGGAGCAGAUAAAUGUGAAAUAUGGGGCUUUAAGAUCACUGCUGCCAAGCCCUACGAAGAAUGACCGAGCCUCUAUAGUUGGAGAUGCCAUCGAAUACAUCAAUGAGCUGAACAGAACAUUGAAGGAACUGACAAGUUUGGUGGAAGGCGAUACCAAACAUAGGAUGAAGAGGCUUAAGUUGGAUGAUGCAGCACGUGACAACGGAGAAAGUUCGUCGCUGCAGCAAGUGAAGGACGAUCAGGACAGUCAGCUGAAUGGAGCUAUAAGGAGCUCAUGGAUACAAAGGAGGUCCAAGGAAUGUCAUGUUGAUGUCCGCAUAGUUGGUAAUGAGAUCAACAUCAAGUUCACUGAAAAGAAGAAGACUAAUUCUUUGCUUUGUGCUGCAAAGGUUAUAGAUGAGUUUCGUCUUGAACUCAUCCAUGUUGUUGGGGGGGUUAUUGGAGAUCAACGUAUAUUCAUGUUCAACACAAAGAUAUCUGAGGGCUCCUCGGUCUACGCCAGUGCGUUGGCUUCGAAGCUCCUCCGAGCUAUGGAGAUGGAGCACCUCGCUGUCGAUAUCUUCAGUUAGCUUAGCCACCAUGACGGAGAUUCACUGGUGCACCAGAAUGGUCCAUUAUGUUAGCCCUACCAUUACCAAAGUGUGAGCUUACUAGAAGUAACUAGCCGACCUAGAAAAUACUUUAUCUUCAGUGAGUGCUGCUGAAUUUUAUUUUAUUUUUCACGAACUGUCUUCUUGCACACUCGCUGUAAUGAUCUGAUGCUUCUGAUUACGAAUUCACAAAUUAACUUGCA